AUGGCUGAGCCUGAUCCACCAUUUAAAGUAGUGGCUCAGUUCCCUUACACCUCUGAAUAUGAAGAUGAUCUGCAUUUCGAGAAAGGAUGUGUUAUAACCGUUCAAUCAAUCGAAGACGAUGAGUGGUAUUAUGGUGAAUAUCAAGAUACUGACGGGACAUUGCAUGAGGGAAUUUUUCCCAAAAGUUUCGUGGUAGUAACAAAUGAAGGUACUGAAACUCAAUCCGACUUAGAUGUAACUGAAGAUUUGGAAGCCGGAAAAGCCGAAGUGGCUACGAAGUCUGAAUUAUCGAAAGUUGAAGGGGAUGAGGAUAACAACGAGGCCUUCCAGAAUACGAACUCCAAGCCCUCGAUUGAUAAUCCUGAUACUACUAAUCACGAGACGCAAAAAGAAGAGCAACACGUUCCAAUUCCCAAACCAGCAACGGCGGGAAGCACUAUAUCACAAUCAUUUUCCAAGCAUGAGGAGAACAAGGCUGUUCCGACCGCCAAAAAAUGGGCAGAUGUUCCUACGAUCCCAGAUUCUUCGAACCUGAAGAAUCAAAUAUUCAGUCAACCUUCUGAAGCGGGAUAUCAAAAUCAGGAAGAGAUCGUGCAACCCCAGAUGAGCUUGAAGGAAAGAAUUGCGAAACUUCAAGAGCAGCAAAUGCUACAACAGCAGCGUGAGCAAGAAAUGCUUCAAAAGAAACUUGAAAAGACUAAAAAGAAAGAACAUCAUGAGGCCGUAGUAAUUGAGAAAACAGCUGCUCCUCAAGACUCUCCUGACACCACUGCCUUAGACGACACGAAGACGUUGGCACUCGAUGAACAUAAUGGAAUCACAAACGUACAUGGAUUCCAAGAUGCAAGCUCCGAACACCGUGAUUCAAUCAUCAGUCAGGACAAGGAACAGCCCAUUUUAAGAACUGGUGACCGGGGAGGUGACUCGGGAAGUGAAUUAGAUGACGAGGAAGCUGUAGAUGGAGAUAAAGAAGAAGAAGAAGAAGAAGAAGAAAAAGAAGAAGAAGGAGACGAGGAACAGGAAGAAGAGGAAGAGGAGGAAGAGGAAGAAGAAGAAGAUAGUGAAGAAAGUCGCAGAGCCGCUUUAAGAGAUCGUAUGGCAAGAUUGGCAGGAGCUGGAAGAAUGGGUAUGCCUGCUUCUUUCAACCCAUUUGGGAUCCCACCAGCAGUUAAAUCUGAAACUAAGCCGAAAAAGAAGUCAAAGGGAGGACAAAAGGAAGAGGCAGCCGAUGAUUUAAAUGCUUCCUUACCCAAGGCUAUCCCUAUUUUGCCAUUUGCGGAUCCUCAAGCACUUCCGAUGUUCAAAAAGCACUCUACUGACAUCGAACCAGCUCCUGUAAAUGCCUCACAGGAAACAGAGGAAGAAUUGAUUACGAACGUUCACGAAGGGGAAGCUCACGCCGAAGAAAAAAGACCAUCUACGACAGAAAGUAAUGAGACUAUCUCUGCAAAUGACGAGCACAAACUGGCCAAGGCCCAACAUGAAUAUGCAAGAUUAGCAAUUUCAAGACAACCACUAGACACUCCUGGAAUGGAGGCAGAUGGAGAAUAUGAAGCUGGUGAAGACAACGGAAACUACUUUGGAAAGGAAACUGGCGAUGCGGCCUCUAGGGUUCCUCGCGUUCCGAUAGAAUCUUCUCAAGGCUUGAAUGACGAUAAUUCGGUUCACAUUGAGGGAACGCAUUUGAGAAGUGGAUUGAUGUCUGAUUCUACGGGUUACGAAUCUGAAGAAGAAAAUACCGAUGUUGGGGCUAAGGUUAACAAAAUGCAUCAAAACCCUCAAGUUCAGGCGAUCCCCCCUUUGCCAACUUCUCUUCCUGAACCCUUAGCCAAAAACCGCCAAUCUAUUCAUGAGGAUCUGGAUUCUGGUAGUGAUGAUUUUGUUGAUACCAGUGAAGACAUCCCAGAUCUGAGCGAGAGAAAGUUGCAUACUUCACAUACAACCACGAACAUCCCUCCUGUGCCAAUUCCCGUGUCUUUACCAGGCAACUCGAUAAAGCGUGCAGGAACGGACGUUUCUUCACUGGGCUCGUCCAGACCCCCAAUUCCGUCGAGUGAAACACUGGAAAAAACUACCCGUCAUCCUCCUAGAGAACAAGUUCCUCCUAUUCCUGAAACUCACCCCAACCUACCACCCUCAAGUUAUGAGCAACAAUCAUUAACAAAUACUGAAAGUGCCGAGGGUACUGAUCAAAUACCUAAGGGACCUCCUCCACCACCACCUCCUCCUGUUCACCAGGUCGAAUCGCCUCGUAGAUCCGGGAGUAUUAAGGGUGCGCCUCCUCCGCCCCCUAUAGAUACUUCGGGAGCGAAGAGAAAAUCAAGCUCAUCGAUGAGUUCCCCUAUUCAUUUAAGAUCAGUAAACUCUACUGUCCCCCCUCCUGUGCCUGCUGCACCUCCGGUUCCUCCUACCUCACAUGUUCCUCCGAUUCCCUCUGUUCCACCAGUCCUAACUGGCUCACCUGCGGAGGUUACAAGCCCAACCAGUGUCCCUCCUCCGAUACCAUCUGGUAGCAAACAGAUAGUGAACUCUGAAGCCCCACCACCCCCACCACCAUCAGAAGUGGCUCCAGUUCGUCCAACUACAGCCUCUAAAGUUAAAAGUCCACAAUCGCCAAGUGGUACUGCGAAAGGUCUCAAAAAAGCUAAAACAUUCGAGUUUCAUGAAGUUGGACAAAUUCCAUCAAUUUCUUUCGAUUCCUCGGAAGAUUGGUGGCUGUCAAAAAAUGUUCCUCAAGGAUUGAUUUCCAACAGUCGCUCAAAGUACAUAUGGGAGGUGGAUGACCACAUCUUAAAAAAGAGGCUAGGCGAGUGCUGUAUUGUGAGAGACUUUUAUAUCUUGUUUGAAGAUUAUUCUCAGCUUCACUCAACAGUUACUUUUGAUGAAGCAGACCCACGCUCAACAGUUACAUAUCAAGAGAAAUACUUUUCAUCGAAAAAAGAGCAAACGAAUCUAGAGUCAUAUUCCGAAAUAGGGUUCAAAAUAUUUCAAAAGGCGAAUUCCUUAAUUGGCUCUCCCGCCCAAAAUAUGGUCUCAGAUUUGAUAUCAAACUUGAGUAAUGUAAUUCCUCCGAUAGCAUUACGCACAUUUGGCGUGCCUAUAGUUAGCUUCAGUGCAGGAGAUAACUUUAAUCAGCAAGACGGCAAGUUGAUCCGGCCAGGAGAUAUUCUGGUCAUCAGAAAGGGCAAGUUCCAAAGCCAUGGAAAGUUGCUUCAAAAAACAAGCCAUGAAUUGGGAAUGGACGCAAAUCCAUUUUCAUGUGUGAUCAGCGAGUUCGACUUCUCCAAGGGAAAAAUCAGAGUUAUUGAGGAGCAUAAUGGAAAAGUGAGGCAAUCUGGGUAUCGUCCAGACGACUUGAGGAGUGGAAAAUUCAAAAUAUUUAGAGUCGUAGGGAGAAGUUAUGUAGGCUGGUAG